AUGGGCUAUUUUUUAUCUUUUAAACCAAAAAUAGCUAUACAAAGAGUAAAGUUAAAGAAAAUAUUAAAUCUAUUUACAAUUUUUAUAAUUAUUGAAUGGUUUUAUAACCAUAUAUUAUUUAUCAAUGAAUAUACUAAACAAAUUAAUAAUUUUUUUAAUUAUAAAUUAAUAAAUCAACCAUUUUACAAUCAUCAUCCAUUAACAAAAAAUAUAACUUGCUAUAAAUUUUUUGAUAAAACAUAUUAUUUUGAUGACAAUACAAGAAUUUCUAAGACAACUGAAAAUGAUACACAACCUUUAACAUGUGAAUUGAUAAAAAAAAGAAGAUAUUUUACCCCUGUACCAUUAUCAAAAGAGGAAGAAAAUUUUCCAUUAGCUUAUAGUUUCCUUGUGUACAAAGAUUAUGAAUUUCUUGAAUUAAUUUUAUCUUUAAUAUACCAACCUCAAAAUAUUUAUUGUUAUGCUAUUGAUAAGAAACAACCAAUAAAAUUUAAAUCUAAAAUUUAUUUAUUAACAAGUUGUUUUAAAAAUGUUUUUGUAUCUGAUAUUGAAUAUAAAAUUUCUAGUGGUGGAUUACAUUAUGGUACUAGUCACAUAGAAUGUAUCAAAAAAAUUAAAACUUUUAAAUGGAAAUAUAUUUUUUUAUUACAAAAUCAUGAUUUUCCAUUAAAAACAAAUGCUGAAUUAGUUAAAAUUUUAAAGAUUUUCAAAGAUACAUCAGAUUUUAAAACUGCAAAAGGAAGAAAAAGUUUAUUAAAUGAAAAAUUAGAUUGGUCAUUCAAAGGUUUAAAAAUUUUUAAAAAUACUUCAUCUAUUAGUAUGAAUACCUUGAAAACUACAAUUACUUUAGGAAAAGGUUAUAGUGAAGUAACUGUAUCUCGUAAAGCAAUUGAUUAUAUACUUAAUGCUCUUAAUAUCGUAACAUAUCAAAACAAUUUUGAUAAUUUUCAUAAAUAUGCCAAUGAUGAAUUAUUUUGGUCAACAUUAUUUUCUAAUUAUGAAUAUUUAAAAAUUCCAGGAACAUUACCGACACAUUGUAUUCACUCUCAGGGUGCAAUGAAAUCUUUUACAAGAUUUACUGUAUGGAAUUACGGAAAAAAUUUAGAUGAUUGUCCUUCACGUUAUAAACGACAUUCAAUAUGUAUUAUUGGUAUAGAAUAUAUAAAUGAAUUAGAAUAUCAGCCACAUUUUUUUGUUAACAAAAUGUUAGAAAGUUUUGAUAUUGGUGCUAUUUAUUGUUGGGGAGAAAGAAUUUUCAAUAGAACUUUUUUCCCAAAACAAUUCAAAGAAAUUGAUAUCUCACCAUACUUCUCAAGAAUACAGGUUCGGUUUCAAGAUUUUUUAAAAAAAUCAAAUGAUUUGUCAGAAUUUGAUUGUGAUGAAAUAUAG